CGCAUGCGCGGCGCAUAUCAAUGGUAAUGACAGCCUCCUCCUCUGAGCUGGAGCUGCACUGACAGUCUGAACAUGUGUCCUCACUGUUAACUGCCAGGCGGUGGUAAUGAAAGCGAGCUGGUGACUAACAGCUAACCAGGUGGAGACGCAUUUCUCAGCAGCAGUAAAUAAAAUCCGUCUGUUUGCUCCGCUCAGAGAACCAGCGAAGACCUGCCGGUGUGAAGCUUUCUGCAGCAGCUGGUUAAGCUAACGUCAGCUAAGACUCGCCUGAAAAUGGCCACUGUUUCAAUUCCUUCUUGCACCAGUGCACUCUUGCUGGAUAUUGAAGGCACAACAACACCAAUCACGUUUGUAAAGGAUAUCUUAUUUCCGUACAUCAGGGAGCAUCUGGAGGAUUACCUGUCUACUCACUGGGAAGAAGACGAGUGUAAACAAGAUGUUCAUCUCCUAAAGAAACAGAUCGAAGAGGACAUGAAACAGAAUCGGGCGUGCCCCGUCCACGCCGUGGACCAGACAGUUCACACAGAUGAGGAGAAGGCCAUUAGGGAAGUAAUGGAAAAUGUGCUGUGGCAGAUGGCGGCAGACAGGAAGUCAACAGCACUCAAACAACUCCAGGGUCAUAUGUGGAGAGCAGCUUAUGCUUCGGGGAGAAUCAAAGGCGAGAUCUACCCGGACGUCAUUCCAUCCAUCAAAAGGUGGAGAGGACAAGGCCUAAAAGUCUACAUUUACUCCUCCGGAAGCGUCGAGGCACAGAAACUUCUGUUUGGAUACUCUGUGGAAGGAGAUGUUUUAGAUUUAUUUGAUGGUCACUUUGACACCAGUAUAGGGCCAAAGGUUGACAGCAAAAGCUAUGAAAGAAUUGCCGAGAGGAUCGGAUGUCAGCCUGAGGAAAUCACAUUCCUGACAGACGUCACUCGAGAGGCUAAAGCGGCUGAGGACGUCGGGGUGAACGUGGCGGUGGUCGUCAGGCCUGGAAACAUGGAGCUGACGGAUGAAGAGCGAGCCCACUAUAACCUCAUCACAUCCUUUAGCCAACUGGAACUGACGGGACGCGCUUAACACGACGCGGAGGACGAGAGAGAGAGAGCGAGAACUUCUCUGACUUAAUUUCAUAACGACCCAUCCCGUCUCUUCUUUGCUCCCCCCUUCCCCUCCUCCUUUUUUUUUUUUUUUUUUUUUGCAACUCUGAUGUUUUUGUUUUGUCCACAUUGACGGUUUAAAAGGUGCAGGAGGUGCUGCUCGGACUACAGUUAGCCACCAACACGGCUAACGAAGUCUGAGCCUCGAGGAAGUCCCGUCAUACAGUUCUUUCAGGAUGACUUUCAAACGGAAAACGGAGGAGAGGAGCAGGAACUCAAAAAAAAUAAAAGAGGCUUAAAAGAAGCAACGAAGCCUGAAGGAAACUGCACAUUAACACGUCGACUCUUUUUAUCUUUUUAGAUGAACCAUGUUCGUUUGCCACGUCUCAUCCUCUUUAGUCAAAUCUUUCCAGUCGUGUGUGUAUGUGUGUGAGUUAUAUUUGUCACCGUUUUUUUGUAAACAUGUUCCAGUCAUGCACAUAGCAGAUGUUAUGAAGUUUUAUUCAGUGAUUGAAACUGUUGGACAUUGUAAUGUUUUAGUAAAUAGAUCAACAGUAUAGAUGCAUUCGCUGACAGAAAGUUCUCAUUUCAAACUUUGUUCAAAUGUCUUAAUUAAUCCCCUUAAUUAAUGUCUAUUUAAAUGUGCCAUCCUUGUUGUUUAUCUGUAAUGUAGGUCAUGAAAAAAGUUAAAAAUUGCCAAAUUGAUGAUUUAUGUGUGAAACAUAAUUGGUAUAAUUCAGGAAAUGAUGAUCUAAAAAAAAAAAUCUUCCAAUAAAUGCCUUGUCUCACAUAAAAGCCGGCGUGAAUGUUCAUGUUCAGCAGUGUGUAAAAAUCCUUAAAAAAUGUUCCCUGUAAUGCAAAAACAUCAACAUUUAACCACUUUGACUGUAAAGCUAAAAUGGUUAAAGGGUCAGUUCACACAAAACAUAAAAUCAUAAAUCAAUUUCUAGUUGGUUUUGAGUCGUCAGAGAAGUUUUGGUUUUAUGUAUUUUGAGCUUCAUCAGGAGAUAAAUGAUUCAGUUCAUUCUAAUCAUUGACAGUAUGCAGUUCAUCUGUGAACAUCCUGGUGGUAGAAGAAGCUCCACCUCUUGGGAAUUGUAGUUUUUAAGUGAGGCAUACAAACGGAAUACAAAAAAGGGUGUGCAACACAGUGAAUACAGGAAAAACAUCAGACAAAAAUAGAAUAAAGAGCUAUAGAGGGGUGUCAGGAACUUUAAACCCUAAAUUUUACACUGGAAAUGAAGAAAACAUCUUGGAUUACAGCGUAACACUCAUUAUAGUGCCAACAUUAUUAAGGAGUGACCACACCACCCUAGUUCAAUGGAACUUAUUACUCGUUUUCUUUCCAAGAGUUGGAUGAGAAGAUUCAAUCAACCUUCUCAUUUAACUCCCAGCAAGAAAAGCAAACAAGUGUAUUUCCCAAAAUGUCUAAAUAUUCCUUCAAAGUUGGUGUUUUAAGGUGAUUAACAAACAAAAACAAAAUGUUCUGGUUACUCCAAUAAUCCAGUCAGCUUUCAUUGGAACGACACCCCACCUGAGAAACAGCAGCUGUGAAAACUCAAAGGUGAUACAUUUAUAGAUGCUGUAAAAAAAAAAAAAAAAAUAUAUAUAUAUAUAUAUAUAUAUAUAAAAACUAAUUUUGCUGUAUUUUUAUUGAUACUGAUUGCUUGCUGUGCAAAGCUGCAUUUUAAGAAUAACAACGUAAGCAGUCAUAGAUCUGUACAAUCCUACAAAACUAAAACAUCUGAAAAGUUACAAAAGCUUAUAAUGU